GGGUUGUCAGGGCAACUGCUUGCGGCAGUCAGUGUGUCAUCUUUCCCUUCUCUGCUGUGUGCUGGAUAUUUCACUGUGCAGUAGCAGGAAGAAGAUUGGGAAAGUGCCGCAGCAGGAAGAAGCUGGGAUCUGAUUGAACAGCAGCGGUAUGCCUGGAUCAGCUACAGCUCUCCGACAAGAGAGACUGAAGAAGACCAAUGCAAGGCCAAUUCCCCUUGGUUUAUUCACCAUUAAUGAGGAAGAUGAACAGCAAAAGAAUGGAAAUUCCAGAAGACCGAAAGCGCCUGAUGGCAAUAAAGUGCAAGAUAAGAAGACUGCUCCCAACCGCCCCUCCUCUACAGUUUCAGGACAGAAUAGCAACCACUCAGGAAACAAACCAGACCCUCCACCUGUGCUACGGGUUGAUGAUCGGCAGCGACUGGCCCGGGAACGACGCGAGGAACGGGAAAAGCAGCUAGCCGCACGAGAAAUCAUCUGGUUAGAAAAAGAAGAGCGAGCCAGACAGCACUAUGAAAAGCACUUGGAAGAGCGGAAGAAGAAGCUGGAGGAGCAGCGGCUGAAGGAGGAGCGCAGGAGGGCUGCAGUGGAGGAAAAGCGGAGGCAGAGGCUGGAGGAGGACAAGGAACGCCAUGAAGCAGUUGUACGGCGCACAAUGGAAAGGAGCCAGAAGCCAAGGCAGAAGCCUAACAGGUGGUCAUGGGGAGGCCCCCUCCAUGGGAGUCCUGGCAUCCACAGUGCAGAUCCAGACAGGCGGUCAGUUUCCACCAUGAAUCUUUCGAAACAUGUUGAUCCCGUCAUUAGCAAGCGGCUCUCCUCCUCAUCUGCAACUUUGCUAAAUUCUCCAGAUAGAGCUCGCCGCCUGCAGCUCAGCCCAUGGGAAAGCAGCGUGGUUAACAGACUCCUGACGCCCACACACUCGUUCCUGGCCAGAAGUAAAAGCACAGCAGCCUUGUCUGGAGACACAGUUAUCCCCAUUUGUCCUCGUUCAGCAUCUUGCAGCCCCAUCAUCAUGCCCUACAAAGCCGCACACUCUAGAAAUCCGGUGGACCGACCAAAACUCUUUGUAACACCACCCGAGGGCUCUGCGCGCAGGAGGACCACUCAUGGCACGUUGGGCCAGAAAAGAGAGAGAGAAAGAGAAAACAUUCCCUUCCAUCUUACAUCUGGCUUCCGAAGGGCUCUGUCUCCAUCCAAUCCCAAGGCAAGGUCACCAGCACCCUCCCGACUUUGGCUCCCAUCCAAGUCCCUUCCGCAUUUGCCCGGCACACCCCGACCCGCGUCCUUGCCUCCUGGCUCGGUCAAAGCUGCUCCCGCCCAGGCCCGGCCCCCAUCCCCCGGCAACAUCCGCCCUGUCAAGAGAGAAGUCAGAGUGGAACCUGAAAAAAAAGAGCCUGAGAAGGAACCUCAGAGUGCUGCCCCCGAGCCCUCGCUGAAGGGCAGGACACCCUCAGUGAAGGUAGAAGAGACCAGAGCUGAAGAGGGGACGCCUGUCGAGCCAGAAGCCGAGCCUGCUGCUCCAGCCACAGCCACAGCCUCGGACCCAACUCCAGCCCCGGCCCCUGCUCCAGCCCUUGCUCUAGCCACAGCCCCAGCCCCGGCCCCAGCCCUGUCAGUCACUGUGACAGCCAGUGCUUCUCCCAAGACUUCCGCAGGCACCACCGACCCAGAGGAGGCCACUAGGCUGCUGGCUGAGAAGAGGCGGCUGGCCCGAGAGCAGAGAGAGAAGGAGGAGAGGGAGCGGCGAGAGAAGGAAGAGGUAGAAAGACAGAAGAAAGAGGAAUUGGCUCAAAGGGUGGCUGAAGAGCGAAGUCGCAGAGAGGAAGAGUCCCGCCGUCUGGAGGCCGAGCAGGCCCGGGAGAAGGAAGAGCAGCUGCGCCGGCAAGCGGAGGAGCGCGAGCGCGAGGGGAUGGAGCGCGCACAGAAGCAGAAAGAAGAGGAGGCUCGUGUGCGCGAAGAAGCUGAGAGGGUCCGGCAGGAACGGGAGAAGCAUUUCCAGAGAGAGGAGCAGGAGCGCCUGGAGAGAAAGAAGAGACUUGAGGAGAUUAUGAAAAGAACCAGGAGGACAGAAGCUACAGAUAAGAAAACCAUUGAUCAGAGAAAUGGUGACAUAGCCAAGGGAGUUCUCACUGGAGGAACAGAGGUAUCUGUACUUCCAGGUAUGACAAACUCUCCAGGAAAUGGAGAACCUGCCACCAGCCCACAUGUGGUCACUCUACAUCAAUCAGAAGUGACCUUGGAGAGUACUCCCAAUUUGGAAAAACAACCAAACGAAAAUGGAGUAUCGGUCCAGAAUGAAAAUUUUGAAGAAAUUAUAAACUUACCCAUUGGAUCUAAACCAUCCAGAUUAGAUGUCACCAACAGUGAGAGCCCAGAAAUUCCUUUGAAUCCGAUUUUGGCCUUUGAUGAAGAAGGGACACUUGGGCCACUGCCUCAGGUAGAUGGUGUUCAGACACAGCAGACUGCAGAAGUUAUAUGAGCAUUUCUUCUGAAGAACCAAAGCAGAAAUUUAGCAAGAAUUUCUACAAUUAAUGAGAUUCCUUUCAUGCCACGAAGGAGCAUCCGCCUCCUCCAGUUUUCUAAAGAUUUCUUGACCAUCAGUUUGAAAAGACUUUAUUAAAACCAGCUAAAGACAACAGACUGGAUAGCUUUUCUAAUAAUAUUCGCCAACAGGAAGAAAGAAAUGCUCCUUAUCCUUCGGUACUUUAAAAUGGCUCUUUCCAGUAUAUUCCUUCUUAUUAGCAAAUCAAUAUUUUUCUGCAUUCUCUAAAAGAUAAGACCAUUUGAUUAUAAAAGAAAUGGACUGAUUAGGCAUGAUUUUUCACAUAGAUAUUUUGGUCUUAAAAGUGUAACAUAUAAAAUUGGCAAAAAAAAAAAUGACCUUUUUACAAGGUAAUACUUGAAAAAUAAGUACCUCUUUGCUCUACAAGUAGAGUGAAUAGGAGAGGAGUUUAAAUUAAACCUGUGUUUGUUUAGAUGUUUCAAAGAGCUCUAUUUGUAGAGGCAAAUUAUAGGCAGAUUACCAGGUUCUUGUAAAUGCAACUUGUACAUGGACAUUCUGCAAACCCAGCUGUCAUACUCUUCUGACAACUCCUUUUACGAAAGCAUCCUAACAAGUUUUAAAAUGUGAAAAAAAGCAUUAUUUUUUCAGAGCAAGAAAAUAUUUACUUUCCUCUUAAGUAAUGUAUUUAUAAAGUUUUCCAGAUAAAUCAAAUUAGAACAAUGUGACAACAUUGCAAAUUUGCUUUCUCAGAUGCACUCCUUCUGAUGUCACCGUGAGAGAAUGUUACUGAUGAUUCAGGGCUCUUUCUGAAGUUUGUAUGUUGCUGCUGUCCCCAAUGAUGGGGGGACUUAUCUUUGCCUUACCUGAUCACAAAUUAUGUGGGGAAGAGCGGGGGGAAUAAAGAUUUAAUAUGUCUUUAAAUGAAAAAAAUUUGGUUUUGCUCGUUUCAGAGCAAUGAAAAAAUGAUGGAAUGUUGACCGUGCGUGACACACAGGACAGGGACCCUCACAGAGGUCCUCGUUCUGCACAGCUUCCGUGAGCUUUUCACUUUUCAUUGUUAUUGACUUUUGCUGCUGAGCCUAGCUGUACAAACUUGCACUUUUGUUUGCCGAUAUAAAUUCAAUGUUAUUUUCCCAUGUAAAAGACAACUAAUAACUAAAUGUAGAAGGAGAGGGAACUGCAUUUUUUUUCCUUUUUUAAUGUGGAGUGUUAAAAAUAAAUUUAUACUACUACA